AUGGCGCGGGGCGCCGCAGGGCGGGCCGUGUCGUUCUCAACCAGCCCGGCAGCCGACCUGUCGGCGCCGCGGGUGGAGCCGAUGAACGCGACGAGCAGCGAGCAGUGGGAGUUCGACGGCGUGUCGGCCGACGGCACGCAGGCCUUCAUCUUCGGCUUCUACCGCGACCCCAACUACUCGUUCCUGGGGACGGGCCACCUGCGCGCCUACGCCGAGCUGGCGUCGCUAGCCCCAAACGGCUCCGCUACCCACCGCUACGCCGUCGUCGACUACGCCGAGGAGUCCACCGUCGACACCGUCACGUGUCCCGACGCCGGCGGCGCCACCGUCACGCGCGGCCUGUGGCGCGGCAGCGACUUUGCGUACGAGUUCGAGGUCGCCAUGGUGCCUGCCGACAGCAACGACGGCAACAAGAUGCAGGCCACGGCGCGCAUCGCCAUGACCAGUCCCGACGCCAACAUUUCAGUGGCCAUGACCGCGGUCGCGCCGCCGCGGCUCGCUGACAACGCCCUGUGGCCUACGGCUCGCGGGCCCAAAGACAGCGCCAACGCGACGCUUCUGGCCGUGCCGCACUUCUACUGGGCGGAGCCGAUCCCCGUGGGCGACGUCGUGGUCGACGCGGUGGUGCAGCCGUGGCCGCCGGCGGCGCGGCGCGUGCGCUGGGCCGGCAUGGGCGGCUACGAGCGCCUGUGGGGCGCCUUCAACUGGUACACGUGCCUGGCGGGCAUGGUGGCGGUGCGGGUCCGCGCCGGGCCGUUCGCGCUGUCGUAUGUCGAGUUUGCGUCGGGGCGGCGGCCGGGCCUGGAUGUCGCGUCGGUGCUGCUGGCCGAGGACGGCGAGAAGGUGUUUGGCACACGCCGCACUGCGGCGUCAGGCGAGGCGGACUUUGUGACCAUGCGCAAGCUGUACGGCGGGCCGGGCGCCACGACGGAGGCGCUGGCUGACAAGGUCACGGGGGUGGAGCUCGUGCUGGUGUCGCCCGGCCGCGGGAGGGAGUGGCGGUUUGUUGUGGAGCAUAAGAAUGUCGGGUUCGAGUAUGUCUUGGGCGAGGGCGUCGGCGGCACGGGGUACUCGGGCCUGGCCGAGGGCGGCUUGGUUGGCUCGCCGGCGCAGUGGACGGGGCCUGCGUUUUCAGAGGUCAUGCGGUUUCCCAAGAAGUCGUGGCUCCUGGCUAAGAACUAUGUUGAAUGGUAG